AUGAUUCAAAAAGCAAGUGAAGAAGGUCUUUGGGAAAAGAAGACAAAGAAAUACACUAAAAAUAAUGUACUUCAUAUAGCAUGCAAGAAAGGAAAUCUCGGACUUGUCAAAUCACUUAUCAACUGUAAUAAAGAAGCAAAGGAUAAUAAUGGAUAUACUCCACUCAUAUAUGCAUCAAUAUUAUGA